GCUCAUAGGUUCCCCUUUCUCACAGCCAGGACUCCUUGGCUGCGCUUAGAGGGAAAAUGGUGCUGUAUUCUGUAGCUCUUGACCUCUGUGUGCGUUUUUUCAAUCUGCACCCCUGCUCACCUCAGCCACACAUAAGAGUACCCAUGUGAGGCAGCAGUGCUUCUGCAAAUGUCUCAGGUAUAGUUGGUGAGGUCUGUUAGGAUCAAUAGUUGUAGAUAUUUGUUGUAUUGGGGGAGAUUCUGUUCUGUUCACCCUUACUCCAGGGCCAUGCCUCCUGGAACCAGAUAUCACUUUUAUUAUAAUAUAAAAAGAUAAGGAAAAUCUCACACAUUUAUUGUAAAACAACAACAACAACACAGGAGGGUAAUGUAUCAUCUUUCAAAUUGAACAAUAGGGAAGGAUAAUGAGUUUGAAUCCAAGACACAUGUCAAUAAGCCAUUGUAACAGUGUACCAUGCAAUUUUCAUUUUCAGUCUAUGGACAUACUCAAGACCACAAUGACCACAUUCAACCUGAGCAGCUACAAUCCAGGCUCCUUCCUCCUGAUGGGAAUCCCAGGGUUACAGCAGUUCCACAUCUGGAUCAGCAUCCCUUUAUUUGUUACCUACCUUCUGGCUCUUGUAGGCAACUGCCUUCUUAUCUACAUUAUUUUUGUGGAACGCAGCCUCCAUGAGCCCAUGUUCCUUUUUCUCUCCAUGCUGGCUGCUACAGAUCUCAUCCUGUCUAACACAUGUGUUCCUAAAGCUAUCAGUAUCUUAUGGCUAGGUCCUCAAGAAAUCAGCUUUCCUGGAUGCCUUACUCAGAUGUUUUUUCUCCACAGUAACUUUGCCAUGGAUUCUGGCACCUUGUUGGCCAUGGCAUUUGAUCGCUAUGUUGCUAUCUGCUUUCCUCUAAGAUAUACAUCUAUUCUAACUCGGAAGGUGGUUACUAAGAUGGCACUCGUUAUUGUCAGCAGGAGCUAUGCAAUCAUCUUCCCAUGUAUAUUUCUUCUAAAGAGAUUGCCUUUCUGUCGAUCCCUCAUCAUUCCCCACACAUACUGUGAGCACAUAGGUGUUGCCCGACUCUCCUGUGCUGAUAUCUCCAUCAACAUCUGGUAUGGAUUGAGUCUGCCUUUAGUGACUGUUGUAUUAGACCUGAUCCUCAUAGGUGUCUCUUACACUCUUGUUCUUCAUUCUGUCUUUAAGCUUCCAUCCUGGGAUGCCCGCCAGAAAGCCCUGAACACAUGUGGUUCCCAUGUUUGUGUCAUCCUUAUAUUUUAUAUACCAUGCUUCUUCUCUGUUCUCUCCCACCGUUUUGGACACAAUAUUCCUCUCUCCUUCCAUAUACUUGUUGCCAAUCUCUAUGUAGCCAUCCCUCCUGCUAUCAAUCCAAUCAUCUAUGGAGUGAAGACCAAACAGAUUCGAGAAAAAGUUAUCCUACUUGUCUCCUUUAAAAGGGACUCAAACACAGAAGACUAAGUGUUUGAGUCUAAUACUACUAUUUGGUAAUAGUAACAAGAAACUGUAUUUAUUAUUUUUUUAUUUUAAAUUACUUAUUUGAGAGAGCUUGAGAGAGAGAGAGAAAUACGAGAGCACUAUUCAGCACUGACUGAUGGUAUUGCUGGGGAUUAAACCUGGGACUUCAGAGCCUCAGGCAUGAGACAUCUUUUUAAUUAUUUUUAUUGGUAGGUUAAUGGUUUUCAUGCAGUUGUUAACACAUGAAUAUAAUCUCUCAUCUCCCUGUGAAUGUUCUGUGCAUAACACUUUCAUCUACAAUGGAAGUCCUUUUUCUAUCAUCACAGCAUGAAAGUCCUUUGCAUAAUCACUAUGCUAUCUCUCCAGAUCCUCUUUACUGUUUUUAAAACUAGGAUAUCUGCAAUGGCAAUUAAAGAAUAUAAAAAUACUAAAUAUUUUCUAUAAGUUGGGGAAGACAGCCAAGCAGUAGCGCAUAGCUUGUAUAUGAAGGGCUCCUGAUUCAAUCUCUGGCACCACCACUGUCUAUGAGUGCAGUGCUCUGAUCAAAAUAAAAUGCAUUAUGAAUGAUAGUAACCAGUGAGACUACACAAUAAGAAAGUUGUCAAGAGAGAGUUACCAAAAAUAUUGAUAAAGAUAGUCUGCCUGAAGAGUCAGGCCAGAAAGAAAUUUCUUCUCACUUUGAGAUAGGCAUACAAAAAUGUAUAGAAAAGGACAUUGCUAAUAUGUAAGGUACACAGAAAACUAUAAUAUCAAUGUUAAAAAAAAUAAUGAGUAUGGGUUUAACAUUUUGGGGAUAUCUACAGACAACUUCUUAGAGUCAACUGUAAAACUGGUAACAAAUAGUUACUCUAUAUUUAUAAUCACCCAGGAGAUUUAAUCACGUUGAAAUGAAGUUCUCCCAUGUUGGUGGGUAUUAGAAUCACCUGGAAACACUGGACACAUAGGAAACAUUCAAAGUCUUGGUUUCUACCGCACUUUAGUGGAAUUCCUCAUCAGCCCUCUAGGUGAUCUGAGACAAGAUACCUCUGAGGGUUGUGGGGGGAGAUGACUCACGUGGGGGAGCACACACUUGAUGAUACACCAGGAUCUAUCUAGGUGGGAGUUCCUGACUGCCUCAUGGGAGCAUUAUACCAAGGGGCACUUCACGAGGAGUAAAGUAGCGCUGUGUUAUCGCCUUCCUUCUCUCUAUUGUUUUCUCUUCCUCUCUUUCACCUUCUCUGCCUUUCAUUCUAUUUGAAAAAGAAAAAAAGUAUAGUCUAUAAGUAGUUGUGAAUUUGUGCAGGCAUGAAACCCCUGGCAGCAAAGAGAGAAACAAAAAGACAUCUUGGAUCUUUCAGAUCAGAAAAAAAUACUGUUUCUCAGAAAGAAAAUGAUCAUAGUUCUUAUAGUAAUGUCCUGGACCAAGAAAUAAUGUUUAACCAGGUGUGCCAUUGUCUGGCCCCGACAGGUAAUAUCUCUGUGUAGGACAAUGAUAAUCCUUUUCCCUGCCAUAAAAUAUUUCCAGCCUUUAGGAGUAUGGAUCAACCUGUCAAUCCCCAUACCCAGCAGAGGAACAAUUACAGAAGUCUGACCUCCCACCUUCUGCAUCCCAUAAGGAUCUUUGGUUCAUAUUCCCAGAAGGAUAAAGAAUAGGAAAGCUAUCAAAGGAAGGGAUGGGAUAUGGAACCCUGGUGGUGGGAAUUGUGUGGAAUUGAUAGCCCUCUUAGCCACAGUCUUGUUGAUCAUUACUAAAUGACUAAUAAAAAAUUUUAAAACAUA